GAUUACUUAUCAAGCUCCAUUUUCAUAUGAAACAUAGAAUUUAUUGUGCAUUAUGCUGAGUACAUCAAUGAGGUAAACUAAGAAAAUAAUGCUGUUACAAACAAACUGAAGGAGAGAGGAAAUAAGGCAGCCCCGCCCCGGCACCCAACACCAAACUCACCAACGUGAACAAAUUCAGUACGGCGGUCGCCCACCUCAGACCGGGAGUGAUACUAUUUACAAUUUUACAGCAGUGUGCGAAAGUGACUAAGAUAGUAACGAAAUCAUUAAACUAUGGCUGUGAACAACGUUGUAUCAACGCUUCGUCGAAGUGCUCCGUCGGUUGUGGAAUGCUUCAAGAAUGCUCAAUUGUACCGACGUCAAAAUGUAUCGACUGAUCAGCCGAGAGAGAUGGUAGUGCUCUUCACAUGGCUGGGAGCCAAGCAGAAGUACGCCCACAAGUAUGCUAAUUGCUGGACACACCGAGGACAUGAUGUCUUGCAUGUCACAACCUCUGUGAUGGAUCUCCUCUUUCCUAGAACUGGAGCAGAGCAAACAGCAUCUCGAGUGGUGGACUUCUUGAAUGAAAAGGACAAGGACGUCAUAAUCCACGGUCUGAGUGUGGGUGGCUACCUUACUCAAAGGGUUCUCAUGACGGCUCGUGACUCCACGGUGCGCAUCUCACAUCUAAUAUACGACAGUUUCACAAAUUGUGUAGGCAUCGAAGCAGGGGUUCAGAAUGCUGUCCAUCCAAACUAUCGCUCCUUGGCCAAAGUUGGUGUAAGGGCUUAUUGUAAAUUUGCGGAUUUAUCCAGUAUAAAUGAAGCACAAAACUUUGUCUUAACUUCUCCAUACCGUGCACCAACCUUGUUUAUUCACAGUAUGGCUGAUCAAGUUUCUUUAUACCCGGACAUGCAACCAGUUAUAUGUGCACAGGCGCAAGUUUCCCCAGUCACCAAAUACAUAAUUCCUCAGGAACUGCAGGUUCCACAUGUCACAAUCAUGAGGUACCUCGGAGAACAGAAGUACAUGGGAUUAAUCGACAGUUUUGUAGAAAAACACAGAAAUUAUGUAUCUUCAAAAUGCCAAAGAGACGUGUCAUCAGUGCCAAUCAACAACACUCCAAGCUCAGAAGCUGCCAUACUCUCAAUGUAAAGACACUAAGAAUAAUAAUAUAUAUACUGUAUCUUGUACACCUUUUAUCUCUGUAACAGCAACAAGGUGACCCAUGUGAAGUCUUCACCAAGGAUUUGACUGUUGACCAUUUUAUUAGUCAACAGAACUCAGAACCAGUGCUCAAAAUAUUUGGUGAAUUCUGCAUGUUGGUCUGGCUCUCACUAAUGAGAGUCAGGUCACCAGUUGCUGAUACUUAAUUUAAUAUCACUGCAAAAGAAUAAAACAAUUACUAACUGGGACCAAUUUAUUUUGGUGUUUCAUUUCAAUAACUUGCACAAGGAGUUUAUUUUUGCAGUGAGUUUGCCAUCCCUCUUGAAGCACAUGAACUUCACUAGAGUUGGAGAAACAGACGAGAUUUUGACCUAUACUAAUGAAUGUCAAUUGAAAUAUAUGAACAAGAGAGUUUAACUUGUGGAGCUUUUACUGUAUAUUGAAGAAACAAACUUAUUUUUAAAUGAUGAGGUAUGACGCGACAGAGACGGCCAAAUGGCUUUGCCUUUUUGUAGUUUAUCGUCACUACCAUUAUUACUUUUGUUUCUGGACCAUAUUUGAGCUGACUGACAACACAUUAUUUUGAGGUGAUAUUAUCACCUUUUGUUAAUUUUAGUAUCUUAGUUUUUUUUAUAUAUCUAAGGCUAUUAUAUUCUUGAGAAGGAUUAAGUCUUUAUGCUUUUAAUAUGAAACAAAUUUGUGUUAGUUUACUGUACUGUUUACUACAUUAUAUUCACUGCAUUUGGGUGAUGGUGCACUGCAAGUAAAAUUUCAAAACUGAUACAUAUUCGGUAUUCUAAAUUUUAGAUUUUCACCGCAUUCUUAGUUUGAGAUUAUUUUAAGUACGUACAUUUAUCUCAACCCAUUACUUAUCACCACACACUGUCUUGGGAUGUUGUCCCUAGAAGGUCCUGUACUAUUAUUAUUACAUUAUUAUUAUUAUUAUUAUUAUUAGUAGGCCUAUGUUUCUUUGUACCACAACAGCUUCUCAAACAAUCUGCUUCAAGUUUGGACUCGUAAGCCUUGGUAUUGUUAACUAUGUUGUAUUAUUUUCUGGGGGUAAUGUUUCCUUUUGCUUGUUGUAACGAUAACUGUACAAACCAAAGUAAAAUUAUCUUCCCAA